UAUACAUAACCCAUCCCAUCUCCCACCCCACAACCUCGCCAUCUCCGCCUCUCCUCGCCACCACACCACUCCUCUCGCCAUGGCCGCGCACUCCGUCGCCGCCGCGCACGCCACCAUCGCCGCGCGCGCGGGUGCCGCCGCGCCAGCGCCCGCGCCGCCGGAGCGCCUCGGGUUCCGCCUCAGCGCGCUCGCCGGCCGCGGCCUCCGCUCCCCGCUCCCGCCUCGCCGCGGCGCGCCAUCGGCGUCCGCGUCGCGCCGCCGCCACAACAACCGCGUGCGCGCGGCGGCGGUCGAGACGCUCGAGGGGCAGGCGGCGACGGGGGCGCUGCUCGAGAAGUCGGUGAACACGAUCCGGUUCCUCGCCAUCGACGCCGUCGAGAAGGCCAACUCGGGGCACCCCGGCCUGCCCAUGGGGUGCGCGCCCAUGGGGCACAUCCUCUACGACGAGGUCAUGCGGUACAACCCCAAGAACCCCUACUGGUUCAACCGCGACCGCUUCAUCCUCUCCGCCGGCCACGGCUGCAUGCUCCAGUACGCCCUGCUCCACCUCGCCGGCUACGACGCCGUCUUGGAGGAGGACUUGAAGCAAUUCAGGCAAUGGGGAAGCAAGACUCCAGGCCAUCCCGAGAACUUCGAGACGCCCGGAGUUGAAGUUACCACUGGACCUCUUGGUCAGGGUAUUGCAAAUGCAGUUGGGCUGGCCCUUGCUGAGAAGCACCUGGCUGCUCGUUUCAACAAGCCCGACAGCGAGAUUGUUGAUCACUACACCUACUGUAUUUUGGGAGAUGGGUGCCAGAUGGAGGGUAUCUCCAAUGAAGCUUGCUCGUUGGCUGGCCAUUGGGGUCUUGGCAAGCUGAUUGCAUUCUAUGAUGACAACCACAUUUCCAUUGACGGAGACACAGAGAUUGCAUUCACUGAGGAUGUGAGUGCUCGCUUUGAGGCUCUUGGGUGGCAUACAAUCUGGGUUAAGAAUGGAAACGAUGGCUAUGAUGAGAUUCGUGCCGCCAUUAAGGAAGCAAAGGCGGUAACUGACAAGCCAACACUAAUCAAGGUGACCACCACAAUCGGUUUUGGAUCACCCAACAAGGCCAACUCAUACAGCGUCCACGGAAGUGCUUUGGGUACCAAAGAGGUUGAAGCAACCAGAGAGAACCUUGGAUGGCCCUAUGAGCCAUUCUUUGUGCCUGAGGAUGUGAAGAGCCACUGGAGCCGCCAUGUGCCUCAAGGUGCUGCUUUUGAGGCUGACUGGAAUGCUAAGUUCGCCGAGUAUGAGAAGAAGUACCCAGAAGAUGCAGCGACCUUGAAGAGCAUUGUCUCAGGGGAGUUGCCUGCUGGCUGGGCUGACGCUCUUCCUAAAUACACUCCAGAGAGCCCUGCAGAUGCCACCAGGAAUCUGUCACAGCAGUGCUUAAACGCACUUGCUAAAGUUGUUCCUGGUCUUCUUGGAGGAAGUGCUGAUCUUGCAUCCUCCAACAUGACAUUGCUUAAGAUGUUCGGUGACUUCCAGAAGGAUACGCCUGAGGAGCGCAAUGUCCGAUUUGGAGUCAGGGAGCAUGGAAUGGGCGCCAUUUGCAACGGCAUUGCUCUGCACAGCCCAGGACUCAUUCCAUACUGUGCUACUUUCUUUGUUUUCACUGAUUACAUGAGAGCUGCCAUGAGGAUCUCAGCCUUGUGUGAAGCCGGAGUUAUCUAUGUUAUGACCCAUGACUCUAUUGGUCUUGGAGAAGAUGGUCCAACCCAUCAGCCCAUUGAGCACUUGGUGAGCUUCCGUGCGAUGCCCAACAUUCUGAUGCUUCGUCCUGCUGAUGGUAACGAGACUGCUGGGGCAUACAAAAUCGCGGUCCUCAACAGGAAGAGGCCAUCCGUCCUUGCUCUCUCCAGGCAAAAGCUUGCUCAGCUGCCUGGUACCUCGAUUGAGGGUGUUGAGAAGGGUGGGUACAUCGUCUCUGACAACUCAACUGGCAACAAGCCUGACUUCAUUGUGAUGAGCACUGGCUCUGAACUAGAGAUUGUCGCCAAGGCUGCUGAUGAGUUGAGGAAGGAGGGGAAGACUGUCCGUGUCGUGUCAUUUGUUUGCUGGGAGCUUUUCGAUGAACAGUCGGCUGAGUACAAGGAGAGUGUUCUCCCUGAGGCUGUUACUGCAAGAGUCAGCCUUGAAGCAGGGUCUACUCUUGGAUGGCAGAAGUACGUCGGAAGCAAAGGCAAGGCUAUUGGCAUCGACAAAUUCGGUGCAAGUGCUCCUGCUGGAAAGAUCUACCAGGAGUAUGGCAUCACCGCGGAGAACGUCAUCGCAACAGCAAAGAGCCUGUAAGAUUCAAACCGCGCGUUUUGAGUUUUUGUCAUCGUUGAUGCCAAGGAACAGUAUACAUGAAGCCAUGAAGGUCUUGUGCCCAAAGCUUGGAAUAAUGAAGGGAGAGGGAUGCCUGCAUUGGAGCGUGAGUGGUAUUUUAGGCCUGUAAUAAGCACUGCUUUUCCAUUUACGUUUGUUUUGUUGGAUCACUCCUUAGAUGAUUCAUCAAGUUGAGCCUGAUUCAAUU